GACAAUAUUAAAAAGGGUGAGAGAAGGAGCAGUCGUGGCCUUUUCAUCAGACAGUAAGGAAGCUGGACUGGCGAGAGUCCAGCCGGGGCAAUCACCAGGAGCACACCCUGUUUAACUCUAGUGAGACCAAUUGUAAACGACUGGAGUCAGACAGGAAAAAAAAAUUGUACAUAAUUCGAAAUCCAAGUGUGACUUAGCCAGAAAACUCCUAGGCUAUGUGAGGAAGAGACCAGAAGCAAGAUUUACUGUAGGCAUUCAGGGAAACUGCCAUGGCUCAAUACAAGGGUACCAUGCGCGAGGCCGGCCGGGCCAUGCACCUGAUCAAGAAACGGGAAAAGCAGAAGGAGCAGAUGGCCGUGCUGAAGCAGCGCAUCGCUGAGGAGACCAUCAUGAAAUCCAAAGUGGACAAGAAAUUCUCGGCUCACUAUGAUGCCGUGGAGGCCGAGCUGAAGUCAAGCACAGUGGGACUAGUGACCCUGAACGACAUGAAGGCCAAGCAGGAGGCCCUGAUGAAGGAACGGGAGAUGCAGCUGGCCAAGAGGGAACAGCUGGAGGAGCGCCGGCUGCAGCUGGAGGCACAGCGCGAGAGGGAACGCAAGCUGGAGAGGAAGCUGGAGCGGAAGCGCAAGAUCUGCAGCCUGUCCUUCACCCUCGAUGAGCAUGAUGACGGUGACAAGGAUGCAGCAACCCCCGAGGGACCUCAGCUAACGGCAGAGGUGCCCAAGAAGAAGAAGAACCUGGGGAAGAAUCCAGAUGUGGACACAAGCUUCCUACCGGAUCGUGACCGUGAAGAGGAAGAGAACCGGCUGCGGGAGGAGCUGAGGCAAGAGUGGGAGGCCAGGCGCGAGAAGGUGAAGCGUGAGGAGAUGGAGGUGACCUUCAGCUACUGGGAUGGCUCCGGGCACCGGCGCAUUGUGCGCAUCCACAAGGGUGACACGGUGCAGCAGUUCCUGAAGAAGGCGCUGCAGGGCCUGCGCACCGACUUCCGUGAGCUGCGCUCAGCCGGCGUGGAACAGCUCAUGUACAUUAAGGAGGACCUGAUUCUCCCUCACUACCACACUUUCUACGACUUCAUCGUCACCAAGGCACGCGGCAAGAGCGGGCCGCUCUUCAACUUCGAUGUGCACGACGAUGUGCGGCUGCUGAGCGAUGCCACCAUGGAGAAGGACGAGUCUCACGCGGGUAAGGUGGUACUGAGGAGCUGGUAUGAGAAGAACAAACACAUCUUCCCUGCCAGCCGCUGGGAGCCCUAUGACCCGGAGAAGAAGUGGGACAAGUACACUAUCCGAUGACUGCCCCCAGCUCCAUCUGUCUCUUGUCUUGGCACGCCUGGCAUUCCCCAGCACAGGAAACUAGGGUGGUUUCUGUACCCUCUAACGUUCAACUUAACUUGGUGAAGUUAAUUGCGACUCUGAAAUUCAAUAAAGACCAAGGGUUUCUUGUUCAGAUAUAUCAA